UUGCUCUACACAGAUAAAUUCUUCAAAAAUCAAUUUCUUGGAAUAUACACAAUCCAGUCUCAUGUUUUCUUUUCUUUACUCUGUCACACACUUGUUUAGCUUUCACGUAAAAAUAAAUUCCAAGCUAUUUUUAUUUUUAAAGGCCAAGCUAUUCUCUUUUUUAGAGGGGCAGUUGUGUGCUUGUGCCAAAGCUUUUGCCAUUUUCUCUUUAUUUUUCUUUUCUUUUUAAAAACCUCAACCCCUCUUAGUACUUUUUAUUUUUUCUUCAUUUUAUCCUUGCCAAUAUCUCCUCUCCAGUUCUAAAUAGUUAGCUAGUCGACCACCCAUUUUUUUCUGUUGAGAGCACUGGCAAAUGACUACUAUUUACUAUUUUAUACUUUUUUUUUAUUUUUAUACGUACUUUGGAUGCUUGGAUAUAUUGAAAAAUGAAUGGAAAAUAAAUAAAAAAUGGCGGCUGAAUUUCCUACUUCCCCCCCUUUCCUCUUCUUUCUGUCUAAUUUUUAAUUUUUGUUUCACGUUAAAAAUUAUUUUAGUAAAAUAUAAAAAUUUUUUGUUAAGUUUUCUAUUUUUCCAAUUUUUUGAAAUUUGUAAUUUUGAAAAAAAAUGUUUUUUGAUUUUUCUAAAUUAA